AUGCCUAUAGUCGUUAGCAGUGCUGUAAGUCAAGUGAUGAUUAAUAGAAAAUGCGAUAUAACAGCAAAAUUCUACAUGCUUAAAGCCGAAAGUAUUGAUUCAAUAGAAAACAAGCUAAUUCAUUACAACACAGCGCUUUGCAACGCUCAAUCGCAGUCAAUCUUACUGGAUAUCUUCAAAAAGCGUGUUAAGAUCUAUGCUGACUUGAAAUAUUUUAAGCAGUGCAGUGAUAAUGAGGUUUGGAUACAGGAAAUCUUACAAGACAUGCAAGAACUGACUCCAAUCUUGAAUAGGAAGUAUUCAACGGAAAGUAUCAAAAAGAAGUUGCGAGACAAUUCACAUCCACAUCUUCCAAAUGUAUUGAACUCACUAAGCAUGUCUGAUGAUAAUAAAUUAGUAACCAUAAAGCCAAUAAAGUCAGCAUCAUUAAUCGCAUCUGAAGAUCCAUUUUGCGGAAUUGUGGCUGAAAGUGCCUUUUAUCGACGAUGCAAGAACUGCUUAAAAAGUAACAACUUGAAUUUGAUUCCAUGUCUCAAUUGUCAAUUAGCAAUGUUCUGUUCCAAAGACUGCCUUAAUGGUGCCAAAUUUCAUCAUGAGUACGAAUGUGAAGCUACUCAAAUUGCAAAAGUCCCGUUUAACUUUGGAGGUAUUCAAGUUGGUCUUCGUUCAUGCUUUGAGAUUUUAAGUCACUUUAAUGGAUCUGUUCAGGAUAUGAUUGAUUUCGUACGAAACUGUAAGAUGAGCACAAAGACAAUUUUUGAGAUUGACCCAACUUUACCAGCUAAUAUUGAAAAACAUGCUGUAAUGAUUUCCUUAAAACAUUUUUCAACAUAUGACUGCUACGAUGAAUUGACACAGACUAUUAAGAAGGUGCUGCCUAUUUAUCCAAAGAUUGUUGAAUUAUUUGCGACCGAGAGUCAAAUCGAGUUUCUGAUUGAUUUCUUGGUCAUGCAAAGUUCACUUGACUUUAUUGUACAUUAUGACCAUUUAUUAGGCGUUCCAACUGCUUUAAGCGUAAAUUUUAUUUAUAAUUUUAUGGAUCAUUCAUGUGCCAGCAACAUAUUUUCAAUCUUAAUCGAUGGACAGCUUCAUUACUUCACAAAAUAUCCACUAAAGAAGGGCGAUACUCUGUUUUACAAUCACAUCUUUAAUUUCGAGGAAUCUUCUUAUGAUAUUCGCAAGCUAACGGCUAGAAAAUGCUACGAAUAUGACUGCAAAUGUGUUGCAUGUUUAAAUCAAUAUCCACUUUUUAAUGGCAUGAAAGUUUAUCAACAACAUGUGCUUGAAAAUGCUGGAAAUCAAAUCGAAAAUAUGAACAAAAUGAAUAAAAAGGACUUGAAGCUGUUACUAAAGGCUAAUCAAAAAUAUAUCGACAGUUUCUAUCCAUCGAGAUAUCCAUCGCAAGAGAUUUACAUGCUGUAUGUAUCCAAUUCACAAAUUUUGUCGAAAUUAAUGACUGAAAUAUAA